ACAGGCACUUCGGUUGCAGGUGGGACUUGAGCCGGCAGCAUGGCGCAGUGGAACCAGCUGCAGCAGCUGGACACGCGGUACCUGGAGCAGCUGCAUCAGCUGUACAGUGACAGCUUCCCCAUGGAGCUGCGGCAGUUCCUGGCGCCCUGGAUCGAGAGCCAGGACUGGGCAUACGCAGCCAGCAAGGAGUCGCACGCCACGCUGGUGUUCCACAACCUCCUGGGCGAGAUCGACCAGCAGUACAGCCGCUUCCUGCAGGAGUCCAACGUCCUCUACCAGCACAACCUGCGCCGCAUCAAGCAGUUCCUGCAGAGCAGGUACCUGGAGAAGCCCAUGGAGAUUGCACGCAUCGUGGCCCGGUGCCUGUGGGAGGAGUCGCGCCUCCUGCAGACGGCCGCCACCGCGGCCCAGCAAGGGGGCCAGGCCAACCACCCGACGGCGGCCGUGGUGACGGAGAAGCAGCAGAUGCUGGAGCAGCACCUGCAGGACGUGCGGAAGCGGGUGCAGGACCUGGAGCAGAAAAUGAAGGUGGUGGAGAACCUGCAGGACGACUUCGACUUCAACUACAAGACCCUGAAGAGUCAGGGAGACAUGCAGGACCUGAACGGGAACAGCCAGGCCGCCACGCGGCAGAAGAUGCAGCAGCUGGAGCAGAUGCUGACGGCGCUGGACCAGAUGCGCAGGAGCAUCGUGAGCGAGCUGGCCGGGCUGCUGUCGGCCAUGGAAUACGUGCAGAAGACGCUCACGGACGAGGAGCUGGCGGACUGGAAGAGGCGGCAGCAGAUCGCGUGCAUCGGGGGUCCCCCCAACAUCUGCCUGGACCGCCUGGAGAACUGGAUCACCUCCUUGGCGGAGUCACAGCUGCAGACGCGCCAGCAGAUUAAGAAGCUGGAGGAGCUGCAGCAGAAAGUGUCCUACAAGGGCGACCCCAUCGUGCAGCACCGGCCCAUGCUGGAGGAGAGGAUCGUGGAGCUGUUCCGAAACCUGAUGAAAAGCGCCUUCGUGGUGGAGCGGCAGCCCUGCAUGCCCAUGCACCCCGACCGACCCCUAGUCAUCAAGACUGGCGUCCAGUUCACCACCAAAGUCAGGCUGCUGGUGAAGUUCCCGGAGUUGAAUUAUCAGCUUAAAAUCAAAGUGUGCAUUGACAAGGACUCGGGGGACGUGGCGGCCCUGCGCGGGUCCCGGAAGUUCAACAUCCUGGGCACGAACACCAAGGUGAUGAACAUGGAGGAAUCCAACAACGGCAGCCUCUCGGCCGAGUUCAAGCACCUGACCCUCCGGGAGCAGAGGUGUGGGAACGGGGGCCGCGCCAACUGCGACGCCUCCCUGAUCGUGACCGAGGAGCUGCACCUGAUCACCUUCGAGACGGAAGUCUACCACCAGGGCCUCAAGAUCGACCUGGAGGCGCACUCGCUGCCCGUCGUGGUGAUCUCCAACAUCUGCCAGAUGCCCAACGCCUGGGCGUCUAUCCUGUGGUACAAUAUGCUGACCAACAACCCCAAGAACGUGAACUUCUUCACCAAGCCCCCGAUCGGGACCUGGGACCAGGUGGCCGAGGUGCUGAGCUGGCAGUUCUCCUCCACCACCAAGCGCGGCCUGAGCAUCGAGCAGCUCACCACGCUGGCCGAGAAGCUCCUGGGACCCGGCGUGAACUACUCGGGGUGCCAGAUCACGUGGGCAAAGUUCUGCAAGGAGAACAUGGCGGGCAAGGGCUUCUCCUUCUGGGUCUGGCUGGACAACAUCAUCGACCUGGUGAAGAAGUACAUCCUGGCCUUGUGGAAUGAGGGGUACAUCAUGGGCUUCAUCAGCAAGGAGCGGGAGCGCGCCAUCCUGAGCACCAAACCACCAGGCACCUUCCUGCUGCGCUUCAGCGAAAGCAGCAAGGAGGGCGGUGUCACCUUCACCUGGGUGGAGAAGGACAUCAGCGGUAAGACCCAGAUCCAGUCGGUGGAGCCGUACACCAAGCAGCAGCUAAACAACAUGUCGUUUGCCGAGAUCAUCAUGGGCUAUAAGAUCAUGGACGCCACCAACAUCCUGGUGUCCCCACUGGUCUACCUGUACCCCGACAUCCCCAAGGAGGAGGCCUUUGGGAAGUACUGCCGGCCCGAGAGCCAGGAGCACCCAGAAGCUGAAACAGGUAGUGCCGCCCCAUACCUGAAGACCAAGUUCAUCUGCGUGACCCCAACGACCUGCAGCAAUACCAUUGACCUGCCGAUGUCCCCCCGCACUUUAGAUUCAUUGAUGCAGUUUGGAAAUAAUGGUGAAGGUGCUGAGCCCUCAGCGGGAGGGCAGUUCGAGUCCCUCACGUUUGACAUGGAGCUGACCCCGGAGUGCGCGACCUCGCCCAUGUGAGGAGCCAGGACGCCACCUCCCUGCGGCCAGCGGCCAGACCCCGAGCACCCCCAGCCUUGUGGUUCCACAUUCUUUUCACUCUUCUCCUGCUAUCUCCGAGCAUCUGGCACUUUCUGAAGCAGAGACGCGGGCAG